AUGCAACGGUAUAUCGACGACACGGACUGCGAGCCCAUCGACGAUAGCUACAUAGAUAAGCUACAGUCUCGUGUUUCUAGGUUCACCCGCACGUCGUUAGCCAUAAAAUGGGGUUUGAGCAAGGUGGUAGUUGCCUCUCCUGACGUUCCGAGGCUGUUCACGUUCACCAAAACGCACAAACAGACCCUGUCUCUUAGGCCGGUCCUGGAUAAAGCUAGGUCCCCUACGAGGCUGCUUGAGAAGGCCGUCCACAACAUCGCCGCCGAACGAUUGAAGGGUUACAAGUUUGCUACCACCAAUUCUGCUGAUUUUGUAGAGUUGUUACGGCGCAUCAAGCUACAGCCAUGCUUCUGCGCUCUUAGGAACCUGCUACUGCGGGAGAAUGAUGCACUCCCACACCGGGAGCAGAUAUUGGAGCUGGCGCAUCUUAUGUGCUACACUUCGGUCUUCCAGUUCAACGAGGCUACUUAUUUACAAAGACGAGGUGUCCCCAUGGGCAGCCCGCUUUCAGGGGACCUUUGCGAGCUGGUGGUGAGACAAUUGGAGGAGAAAGUGUUGCCCAAAUUCUUACCAAACAUCAGUCUAUACCAAAGAUACGUGGACGAAAUCUUUAUACUGUGGAAAACCACUCCCAAUCUGGACGAUUUUUUGUCGUGUAUGAACGACAAUGCAUAUGGCCUCACCCUCGGCUUAGAUCAGGUUAGCAACUCGAGUGCUCAUUUUCUUGAUGUUAACAUCCGUCUCAGGGGCAGCAAAAUAGAAACUAGCGUCUACCAUAAACCUGACCAACUCCCGCUGUUCAUCCCCGCGAACUCCUCUGACUCCUUUGUCUACAAAAUGGCGGCUUUCCGGGCCCUUACCAGACGGGCCUUCACGCACCACACGCAUGUGCGCAACGCAUGGUCGGAGAUCCGACGCAUAAAAAAGAUUGCCGUGGAACAUGGUUAUAGCAAAGCCUUGGUCCGCGGUUUAGCACGUGCAUGCGCCGGACGACAACCGCCAACCGGAUGGGAACGCGAGACGCGCGGUCGUCCGCUUCAACCGGCAUCUAGACCCCCUAUAUAG